AUGUAUCUCUGGGACCAUCCUCAUGCUCGGACAUAUGUCUCGGGGAACAUUUGCAUCAUUGGCGACGCGGCUCAUGCCACUACUCCCUGGCAGGGCUCCGGCGGCGGCAUGUCCAUCGAAGAUAGCCUCAUCCUAUCCACUUUGCUCGGGCGCGCAAAGACGACCAAGGAUGCAGGUGCGGCAUUGAAAAUUUACGAUCAGGUUCGCCGGCCCCGGACCCAAAGCAUCGUCGAGUCGAGCAGAGAGACUGGUCUCAUCAUGACUGGGCAAGGCAAGGAGACGCAGCUAGAUUUGUCGAGACUGAAGCAAAAGGUUUUGCCGAGAUGGGACUUUAUUCUCAAUAUUGACAUGCAUAAGCAUCGAGAUGAUGCGGCCAAAUUGAUGGAGGAUGUCAUCUAA